CCCGCCUCCCCGCCAGGGGGCGAUCCACCUCCACUUCCUGUUUCCGCAGCGGCCCUACCAGGAGCCUGGCACUCUCCUCAGGGCCCGCCUCCCCGCCAGGGGGCGCACCGCCUCCACUUCCUGUGUCCACGGCUGUCGCGAGAGCCCGGGACGAGUGGGCCUCUGCUCGUGGGUGGUUCUCGUGGAGGUCAGCUCCCGCGUGUCUCCGCUCGACAGGGUGCUUGGGCAGAGCCCAUCGGGUAGGCGCGGGCCAUGGCGCAGUACAAGGGCACCAUGCGCGAGGCAGGCCGUGCCAUGCACCUCCUCAAGAAGCGCGAAAAGCAGCGGGAGCAGAUGGAGGUGCUGAAGCAGCGCAUCGCCGAGGAGACCAUCCUCAAGUCGCAGGUGGACAAGAGGUUCUCGGCGCAUUACGACGCCGUGGAGGCCGAGCUGAAGUCCAGCACGGUGGGCCUGGUGACCCUGAACGACAUGAAGGCCCGGCAGGAGGCCCUGGUCAGGGAGCGCGAGCGGCAGCUGGCCAAGCGCCAGCACUUGGAGGAGCAGCGGCUGCAGCAGGAGCGGCAGCGGGAGCAGGAGCAGCGGCGCGAGCGCAAGCGUAAGAUCUCCUGCCUGUCCUUUGCACUAGACGACCUCGAUGACCAGGCCGACGCGGCCGAGGCCAGGCGCGCCGGAAACCUGGGCAAGAACCCCGACGUGGACACCAGCUUCCUGCCAGACCGCGACCGCGAGGAGGAGGAGAACCGGCUCCGAGAGGAGCUGCGCCAAGAGUGGGAGGCGCAGCGCGAGAAAGUGAAGGACGAGGAGAUGGAGGUCACCUUCAGCUACUGGGACGGCUCGGGCCACCGGCGCACGGUGCGGGUGCGCAAGGGCAACACGGUGCAGCAGUUCCUGAAGAAGGCGCUGCAGGGGCUGCGCAAGGACUUCCUGGAGCUGCGCUCCGCCGGCGUGGAGCAGCUCAUGUUCAUCAAGGAGGACCUCAUCCUGCCGCAUUACCACACCUUCUACGACUUCAUCAUCGCCAGGGCGAGGGGCAAGAGCGGGCCGCUCUUCAGCUUCGAUGUGCACGAUGACGUGCGCCUGCUCAGCGACGCCACCAUGGAGAAGGACGAGUCGCACGCAGGCAAGGUGGUGCUGCGCAGCUGGUACGAGAAGAACAAGCACAUCUUCCCCGCCAGCCGCUGGGAGGCCUAUGACCCGGAGAAGAAGUGGGACAAGUACACCAUCCGCUAACACCCGCCUGCCAGAGCGGAAACCGGGGGUGGGGGGAGACACUCAUUUCUAGGCCCCAUCACGAGUCACUUGAUUUCUUCCCCCACAUUUAAUAAAGACAGAGGGUUCUCAUGAUUCACAUUGGUUGUGCUAUUGCUGAUGUUAUGCUUUGGUUGCUUGGUUGGUCUUUUCUGAGUAUUUUAGUGUUGCUACCUGGAUUUGCUGCAUUGCUCUGCUGAGCUGUAUUGAAACCAUGACUGGGCCCACUGUCAGACAGAAAUUAGAAUAGGAGGCACAUUUUUUACCUGGUGGUUAUAAGCAUGGACUUGGGGGCCACAGUGACUGAGUUUGAUUCCCGACACAGCCUCCUCCUUGCUGUGUAGUUUUGGGUAAGCUUAUUAAACCCCCAUGCCUCAGUUUGGUCACCUGUAAAAGGAAAUAACAAGAGCACUUACUUUAUAAGAUUGAUGUGAGUAUUAAGUGAAUUAAUAUUUGUAAAACGCUUAGCUCUUAAUAAAUGUUUCUGUUGUUA